AUGACAAUCGUAAACAACGCUUUCAUAGCGUCAGUACUAAUCUACUCAUUCCUUUAUGACACUAGACUCCUAUACAUAUUUCUUGGCAUCAUAGCUGUUUAUCAAGCAUUAUCCUAUUUGUGCUAUCCCAAUGUUGGCUAUGGAUCUGGCAGAAGAAGAUUGUCUUAGGCCCUUUGGAGUGCUCCAACUGAAGGAAUCAUUUAUAACCUAGUGGAAAUCGACCUAACCAACACCAUGAAAUAUCUCCAGUCUAAACAGGCUAAAGAUUCCCGUGUGACCUUAACCCACAUCUGUAUUAGAGCCGUAGCUGAAUGUAUUAGUGCCACCAGAAAGAAGAUCUGCGGAAAGAUAGUCUUCGGAAAAUUCGUUGAGUUUCCUACUAUUGAUGUCUCAUGUUUGGUGAACAUAGGAGAGGGAGACGACCUAGCAGCCUUGUUGGUUUAAAAUGCUGAUAAGAAAACCUUUGAAGAUAUUGCUGAAUACAUAAAUGGUAAAGCUAAGAUGACCAAGCAAGGAAAGGAUGAGGAACAUCAAUAAAGAUCAGGCAUGCUCAGGUUCUUUCCUCCAUUUGUCAUUGCUUUACUUAUUUAAAUUACAUCUUUUCUUACAUAUAAUUUGGGAAUUACAAUCAAGGCAUUAGGUUUGAAGAAGGAUUGCUUUGGAAUAGCAACAGUGACUUCUAUUGGAACUCUCGGAUUUAAAAAUGCGAUUGCUCCAUUCACUCCCAUGAUGAGAAAUUUAUUGAUGGUCACUGUUAAUCAAAUUGUAGAGAAGACACUCGUCAAGGAUGGAUAGAUUGUUAUUACACCCACCUUUUAAUUGAACUUUUGUGCUGAUCAUAGAUUCUUAGAUGGUGGUGCCAUUGUCAAAUCAAAUAAAGUAUUGUAUGAAGUGUUUGAAAACCCAGAGAAAUAUGCAAGAAAAUGAUUAUUACAUAAAAUAACAUUUUAAUUUACAUCAAUUACCAUUAAA